GGCUCAUACGGGGACGGUGCGCAGCGUGAGCUUCUCCAGUGAUGGUCAGACACUCGUCACCGCGUCUGAUGACAAGAGCAUCAAAGUCUGGACCGUCCAUCGCCAGAAGUUCCUCUUCUCCCUCAACCAGCACAUCAACUGGGGCGAGUCCUCUGUGUUCAGGGCUCAUACGGGGACGGUGCGCAGCGUGAGCUUCUCCAGUGAUGGUCAGACACUCGUCACCGCGUCUGAUGACAAGAGCAUCAAAGUCUGGACCGUCCAUCGCCAGAAGUUCCUCUUCUCCCUCAACCAGCACAUCAACUGGGUGCGCUGCGCCAGGUUUUCCCCUGACGGGCGUCUGAUCGUCUCUGCCAGCGAUGACAGAACAGUGAAGCUGUGGGAUAAGAACAGCAGAGAGUGUGUUCACUCGUUCUGUGAUCACGGCGGGUAUGUGAACACCGUGGCGUUUCACCCGAGUGGCACCUGUGUGGCAGCGGCUGGCACAGACAACACAGUGAAGGUGUGGGACAUUCGCUCACACAGACUCCUGCAGCACUAUCAGGUUCAUAGUGCAGCGGUGAACGGCCUCUCCUUCCAUCCGUCUGGAAACUUCCUCAUCUCAGCCUCCAACGACUCCACACUCAAGAUCCUGGACCUGCUGGAGGGCCGGCUGCUCUACACACUGCACGGCCAUCAGGGUCCUGCCACCUGUGUGAGCUUCUCCAGGACCGGAGACUUCUUCGCCUCCGCUGGCUCUGAUCAACAGGUGAUGGUGUGGAGGACGAACUUCGACAGUGUGGAUUACAGUGCCGUGCUGGAGCAGAGAUGUGCUGCGGACUCCAGCGCUUCGGUUCACAGCGGCCCGUUCACACAGGAGUCAGAAGCCGCUGGUGUGUCCGCUGGCCGAUCCUCACACAGGAGUGCCAGCAGAGCCGGUGUGGACUCGCCUGGA